AUGCCGGAUGUGGAUGGGGAGUUGUUGGGUGAUGACCGGGGAGGGGGUGAUGAAGGGGAGGGGGGGUUUUGGGAGGGGUUGCCGGGGGAGUUGGAGACGGAGGUGGAUGUGGAGGACGUCCUUGGGAGGUGGAGGGGGUAUUCGCCGAAACAUAUGGAUCUGAGGAUCUCAGAGGAUGCUGGGCAUUACCUGUGCGACUUCAUCUACUUCUCGAGCCUGGCGCAUUUGGAGCGGGCCGGGGAGCGGAGGAGGGUCCUGUUCCUGCACGUGCCGAGUGAUGCGUCGGAGCAUAGCAUUGCCACCGGGCGGGAGCUGCUGCUGCAGUUGGUGCGGUCCGUGGUGGAGAGCGAGAUGGUGAAGAGAGAGAAGGAUAAGGCGGGUGCAGGUGAGGCUGCGGGUGCGGCUGCAGAUGCAGCGAACUAA